UAAGUGUCAGGGUUGGUGAGUGAGUGUCGGGGUUCACGAGGUCUCGAGUCCGGCGGGGAGAGAGUGAAGCAGCGGCAGCCGUCCCGGUGUCUUGCGGGUCGGUCGUCAAGUCAGUCAGGAUGUUCCGCCGGGCGACUAUUCUCGUCAAUUACAAUGGGCAGCAGCAGGUGCGUGGUAUGGCCACCUUAAAGGCCAUUGCCAUGCGCCUGAAGUCUGUUAAGAAUAUCCAGAAGAUUACCCAGUCUAUGAAGAUGGUGUCAGCAGCCAAAUAUGCAAGAGCUGAAAGGGAAUUGAAGCCUGCCCGGCCGUAUGGUGCAGGGACUUCUGCUUUUUACGAGAAGGCAGAGGUAAAGGGUGAGGAGGAUAAGCCCAAAAAGUUAAUUGUGGCUUGUAGCAGUGAUCGAGGCCUGUGUGGUGCAAUUCAUUCAAACGUCUGCAAGCACAUUAAGGCAGAGUUAAAAGAUGAUGAUUCAAAUGCUGCCAUUAUAUGUAUAGGUGAUAAGUCUCGAGCCCAGCUUACCAGGCUACACGCUAACAAUAUAAUUGCUCAAGUAGGAGAGGUUGGACGUAAACCUUCCACAUUUGAAGAUGCUGUUAGAAUUGCUUCAUUCAUCCUCAACUCUGACUAUGAUUUUGGUUCUGGCAAACUUAUCUAUAACAGGUUCAGGACUGUAGUAUCAUAUGAUACAAAAGAACUGCCUUUUUAUUCAGCUGCAGCCAUUGCAAAUGCAGAAAAGAUCUCUGUGUAUGACUCUCUUGAUGCUGACGUGAUCCAGUGCUAUAUGGAGUACUCCCUGGCAUCGCUGCUUUUCUAUGCACUGAAGGAAGGUGCAUGUUCUGAGCAGUCAUCAAGGAUGACUGCCAUGGACAGUGCUACCAAGAAUGCAGGUGAGAUGAUUGACAAGCUGACCCUGACAUACAACCGCACCCGCCAAGCUGUCAUCACUGGAGAGCUGAUCGAGAUCAUCUCGGGUGCUGCUGCUGUUUAAAUAUCUGAAUUUGCCUCAUUUCAUGAUGGGAACUGUACUCUUGUAAAGUAUAAUAUUGUCUUUGGUAGAAAUUUUUCCUAGCAAGAAGUUACUAAAUUGAGGCUACGUGAGUUACUGCCAUCACUAUCUUCAGUUAAGGGUUUCUUACCAAUGUUAAAACUUGCUUCCAGUGUAACUAUACAUACAAACUCAAUAUUUGGUAUAUAACAUGCAAAUUCUCAUUGUACAUCAUGUACCAACAAGACAGAAAUGCGUAAUGUGGUUUAUGUGUCGAGUUUCUUAGAAGUAUGUCUCAGCCCAAAUAAUGAGUAGAGUGGGAUUUUUGGUUUUGCUCUACCAAAACUUCUGUGUAACUUUGCACAUAAUCCAAAACCCGAGUGUAGAAAGAAGCAUGCACUAUGAAAUUUGUGUUGUCUGUACAGAUGACUGGAAAAAUGUUUGGUAUAAUAAAAUAAUAUUAAUU